AUGUCUGAAAUGUCUGAAGAAGUUAAAGCUAUUAAACCAGUUAUUGAAGAUAGAAUUUAUGUUGGUAAUGUUGAUUAUAAAGCAACUGAAGAUGAAUUAAAAGAAUUGUUCAAAGAUUUAAAAGUUACUGAAGUUGAAAUUCCAUUUAAAGAAAAUACAAGAGGUGAUAAAACUUUUAAAAGACGUUUAGGAUUUGCAUUUGUUCAAUUUGAAUCCAAAGAUGAUGCAGAAAAAGCAAUUGCUGAUUUCAAUGGUCAAAGAUUUCAAAGAAGAACAAUUUUUAUUAAAAAAGCAGUUCCACCACCAACUGAAGAAGAAAAAAAAUUAAAAGAUGAAGCUUAUAGAGCUAAAAGAGAAGAAAUUCAAAAAGCAAAAGAAUUGAAAAAAACUGAAGCCACUAAAAAACCAGAAUCAAAAAAAUCAACUACCACCACCACCAAAACUCCAAUUACAACUCCAGAAGGUGAAAAAUCAAAAGAUACUAUUUUUAUUACAAAUUUAGAUUAUAAAAUUAAUGUAAAAGCUUUAAGUAAUACUUUUAAAGAAUUAAAACCAAAGUGGAUUCAUGUACCAACAAGAAGAAUUCAAAAUAAAAAAUAUCCAAAUGGUAAAUUUAGAAGACCAUUAAAUAAAGGUAUUGCAUUUAUUAAAUUUCCAAGUGAAGAUAUUCAAAAACAAGCAAUUGAAGAAUUCAAUGGUAAAGAAAUUAAUGGUAGAGAAAUGGUUAUUGAUAUUGCAGUAAAUUCUUCAGUUCCAACAAAAGAAGAACAAGAAGCUGAAAAUCAAGGAGAUGCUGAAGUAGAAUCAAAUGGUAAUUAA